GGAGUGCUUCACCCUGGCCAGCAGCCUUGCCGGACUGGGGGGCAAGAGCACGAUCGAUCUUACCAACAGCGGGUUCAAUUUUCUCGGCUGUGUCUACAAUGCAGGGAUCGAUGCGGUCACGUUCGCUUCCGAUGGGUCCCCCAGCACAGUGAACAGCGCCUGGCAGUACAUGUGCCUAGGCGAGACCACGACAACUACCACUGCUACGACCAGUAGUGCCACGAGUAGCACCAGGUCCACGUUCACCACGACGUCCGAAAGCAGCACCACAACGAAUUCUGCCACCAGUAGUACAACAUUGACGUCUACGACUGCGAGCAGCACGACUCUCACAAGCACGACUGCCAGCAGCACCACCACGUUGAGUUCCACUUCGGAGACGAGUUCUCUCACCAGCAGCACGUCGUUGACGUCCACGACAGCAUCCAGCACUACAGAAUCCAGCAGCACCAGUCUCAGCACCACCACCGAAUCAAGCAGCACAACUCUCUCAAGCACGACCGCCAGCAGCACCACCACGUUGACUUCCACUUCGGAGACGAGUUCUCUCACCAGCAGCACGUCGUUGACUUCCACGACGCAAUCAAGCAGCACGGAAUCAAGCAGCACAACUCUCACAAGCACGACUGCCAGCAGCACCAUCACGUUGAGUUCCACUUCGGAGACGAGUUCUCUCACCAGCAGCACGUCGUUGACUUCCACGACGGCAUCCAGCACUACAGAGUCCAGCAGCACCAGUCUCAGCACCACCACCGAAUCCAGCAGCACAACUCUCACAAGCACGACUGCGAGCAGCACCACCACGUUGAGUUCCACUUCGGAGACGAGUUCUCUCACCAGCAGCACGUCGUUGACUUCCACGACGGCAUCCAGCACCACGGAAUCCAGUAGCACCAGCUUGAGCACCACCACAGAGUCCAGCAGCACAACUCUCACAAGCACGACUGCCAGCAGCACAACCACGUUGAGUUCCACUUCGGAGACGAGUUCUCUCACCAGCAGCACGUCGUUGACUUCCACGACGCAAUCAAGCAGCACGGAAACAAGCACCACAACUCUCACAAGCACGACUGGCAGCAGCACCAUCACGUUGAGUUCCACUUCGGAGACGAGUUCUCUAACCAGCAGCACGUCGUUGACUUCCACGACGGCAUCCAGCACUACAGAAUCCAGCAGCACCAGUCUCAGCACCACCACCGAAUCCAGCAGCACAACUCUCACAAGCACGACUGCGAGCAGCACCACCACGUUGAGUUCCACUUCGGAGACGAGUUCUCUCACCAGCAGCACGUCGUUGACUUCCACGACGGAAUCAACAGCACCAUCACGUUGAGCACAACAUCAGAAUCCAGCACCACGAGUCUGACGAGCACGAGCGCCAGCAGCAGCACGACGCUUACCAGUACGUCUGCGACGAGCCGGGGCGGGCGGACGUCCGCGAGUAGCUCCACGACCAAGACCACCACUUCGGUGACCUCCACGCUGACCUCCACGACAGAAUCGAGCACUACCACGCUCACUUCAACCACGCCGACGAGCUUCACCGAGACCAGCAGCACCAGUCUAACUACCACGUCCGAGACCAGCACCGUCACGAUCACGAGCACGACUGCCAGCAGCACCACUUCAGUCACAAUCACUUCCUCGCUCACAAGUACCACCAUGAGCAGCAGCACCACGGUAUCCAUCACAAGCUCGCUCACAAGCACCUCUGCCAGCAGCACCACUACGUUGAGUUCCACGACAGACUCCAGCUCAACCACUCUGACAAGCACCUCUGCCAGUAGCAGCACUGGAAGUAGCACGACUUCGCUGAGCUCCACAACUGAGACCACUUCUGGUACCAGCAGCACUUCACUGAGCUCGACGACAGAAUCCAGCACCAUAACUCUUACGAGCACCAGCGUCACCAGUAGCACUGGAAGUAGCACGACUUCGCUGAGCUCCACAACUGAAACCACUUCUGGUACCAGUAGCACUUCACUAAGCUCGACGACAGAAUCCAGCACCAUAACUCUUACGAGCACCAGCGUCAGCAGUAGCACUGGAAGUAGCACAACUUCGCUGAGCUCGACGACAGAAUCCAGCACCACAACUCAUACGAGCACAAGCGCCAGCAGCAGCACGACGUUGAGCUCCACAACUGAGACCACUUCUGGCACCAGCAGCACCACCUUGAGUUCCAGAACUGACUCCAGCACCACCACUCGCACGAGCACCAGCGCCAGCAGCAGCACAACGAUGAGCUCGACGACUGACACCAGUUCUGGCACGAGCAGCACCUCGCUGAGUUCCACUACCGACUCCAGCACCACCACUCGCACGAGCACCAGCGCCAGCAGCAGCACAACGAUGAGUUCGACGACUGACACCAGUUCUGGCACGAGCAGCACCUCGCUGAGUUCCACUACCGACUCCAGCACCAGCUCGCAUACAAGCACCAGUGCCAGCAGUAGCACGACGUUGUCCUCAACGACCGACAGCAGCACCGCAACUAGCACCACCACGCUGAGCUCCACAACAGAAAGCAGCACGAGCACGUUGUCAAGCACCACUGCCUCCAGCACUACGUCGCUGAGCUCUACAACUGGCACCAGCACUGCCACAAGCACCACCUCGCUCAGCUCCGCGACAGAGACGUCGAGCACGACUGUCACGAGCACCACCUCAUUCAGCUCCACGACCGAAACCAGCUCGGGAACCAGCACCACCACUCUGACCUCCACGACAGAAACCAGCAGCACCGCGUCCCUUACGAGCACCACCACAAAGACAACAACGAGAAGUAGCACGAGCACGUGGUCAAGCACCACGGCCACCAGCACGACGUCGCUGAGUUCUACGACCGGCACCAGCACUGCCACAAGCACUACCACGCUGAGCUCCAUAACAGAAAGCAGCACGAGCACGUUGACAAGCACCACUGCCUCCAGCACUACGUCGCUGAGCUCUACAACUAGCACCAGCACUGCCACAAGCACCACCUCGCUCAGCUCCGUGACAGAGACCUCGAGCACGACUGCCACUAGCACCAGCUCACUCAGCUCCACGACCGAAACCAGCUCGGGAACCAGCACGACCUCGCUGACCUCCACGACCUUCACCAGCUCCGGCACUAGCACGACCACCCUGACCUCAGCGACCGGCACCAGCACCGCCACCAGUACCACCACCGUGAGUACGUCCGAGACCAGCAGUACCACGCGCACCGAGACCACGACGGGCACCAGCAGCACCACCAGGAGCACCAGCGACACCACCACCACCAUCGUGAGCACCAGCGAGACCAGCAGCACCACCCUUAGCACGACAGAGACAACCACACCCCAUACCACCACUGCGACUACCAAGUCAUCGACGACCCUCACCUCGACGUCUGCCACCUCGUCGACCCUCACCAGCACCACAGAGACCAGCAGCACAGAGUCCAGCAGCACCACUCCGCACACAACCACCAUCACAUCGAUUAGCCUGACCGAGACGAGCGCGACGAUGACACUCACCAGCACAACGUGGACAAGCACCUUGACCAGCACCACAGUCACCAGCAGCUCGGCCACAAGCACCUUCACAGUCAGCAGCACCUCGGGCACCACAGCCAGCGGCACCUCCACAGUGACCACCUCCUCGAAGACCUCGACGACGACCACAACAGACACCUCCACCACCACGAUCACCACGAGCGCCACCUCGACAACGACGAUCUCGGCCACGAGCUCUUACACCUCCAGCACUACGAUCAGCACCAGCGCAACCUCAUCAACGACCAUCUCGACCACCACCACUACGACCACGACCACCACCACAACCACAACAGAGGAGACCUACCUGGUGUCUGGAGCGGUGUCGUUCCAGGUGAGCAGCGACGCUGGCUUGGCCGCGGGCCAGGUGGAGUCGGCGACCUUGGCUGCGCUGCCAGGAGUGCUGGGUGGCGAGGCUAUGCAGUACCAGAUUGCUGAUGCCUUGUAUGCCCUGAGCACGAAUUACACUUACUCCGUGACGAGAAGACUGAGCAAUGACAGCAAUGCCAGCAAUGGCAGCAACGGCACCACGGCGGUGGCGACGGCAAGCAUCAUCUGGACGGUGGAAUAUGGCAUGGAGCUGUACAGAACAGUCAUGGAGGCCGCGGUGAUCACCUCAGCUGAACUGGCGGCAAAUAGCACUGCUUUCCUGGUCGAGCUGUCAGAUCAGCUGAUGACGGUGGCGAACUUGAGCAGCGAUGCCGUCGGGUCCCUCGAGGUUGUUUAUUUCGGCACCGUGAGCUCGAUACUCAUCACGAAGACUGAGACGAGCACAGGCACCACGUCGAGUUUCUCGAGCACGACUUCGAAGACAGCCACGUCAAUCACAGCCACGUCGGCGACCACGACCACAACAACGGUCGACCCGCUACAGCUGCUGGAAGCUGAGCUUACUUGGGCAUAUACUACGUUCGUGAUGAGAUUCAACGCCGGCGUAGUGUUCCCCAACCCGACCUCUUCGGACUGCACGAGCAUGUUCGCGCCGCUGUCCUGGGUCGCCCUCGGGCGGCCCACGGACUGCAGCUUCAACGGGGACCGCACCAUCUUCCGCGCGGUGCUGGGCGCCUCAGCCACGGUGCUGCUGGGAGACCCCGUCUCCACGCUGCCGCUCACGCGGCUGGGGAACGGCGCCGUCAUUUCGGAGG